UUUUCCAGAGUUGAAAAGGAACGCAAAUCUUGACAAUUGAGGCUGGCUCCAUGUAUCCAGAAUCUACCACAGGCUCCCCAGCGCGGCUCUCCCUGCGACAGACGGGCUCUCCAGGCAUGAUUUACAGUACUCGAUACGGGAGUCCCAAAAGACAGCUCCAGUUUUACAGGAAUCUGGGCAAGUCUGGAUUACGCGUCUCCUGCCUGGGUCUCGGAACAUGGGUGACCUUUGGAGGCCAGAUCACCGAUGAGAUGGCAGAGCAGCUGAUGACCCUGGCUUAUGACAAUGGAAUCAAUCUGUUUGAUACGGCCGAAGUCUAUGCUGCUGGGAAAGCCGAAGUCGUAUUGGGAAAUAUCAUUAAGAAGAAAGGAUGGAGACGAUCUAGCCUGGUCAUUACAACCAAAAUCUUCUGGGGCGGAAAAGCAGAGACUGAGAGAGGCCUGUCCAGAAAGCACAUAAUAGAAGGUCUGAAAGCCUCUUUGGAACGGCUCCAGUUAGAGUACGUGGACGUGGUGUUUGCCAACAGACCAGACCCUAACACUCCCAUGGAAGAGACUGUCCGAGCCAUGACACACGUCAUCAACCAAGGAAUGGCCAUGUACUGGGGUACAUCCCGCUGGAGCUCCAUGGAGAUAAUGGAAGCAUAUUCAGUGGCUCGGCAAUUUAACCUAAUCCCCCCAAUUUGUGAACAAGCUGAGUAUCACAUGUUCCAGAGGGAGAAGGUGGAGGUGCAGCUCCCGGAGUUGUUCCACAAGAUAGGUGUGGGUGCAAUGACCUGGUCUCCUCUCGCAUGUGGAAUUGUUUCUGGAAAAUAUGACAGUGGGAUCCCACCCUACUCAAGGGCCUCACUGAAGGGGUACCAGUGGCUAAAGGACAAGAUCCUGAGUGAGGAGGGCAGACGUCAGCAGGCCAAGCUGAAGGAGCUCCAAGCCAUCGCCGAGCGUCUGGGCUGUACACUCCCCCAGCUGGCCAUCGCCUGGUGUCUGAGGAACGAGGGCGUCAGCUCCGUGUUGCUAGGUGCCUCCAAUGCAGACCAGCUAAUGGAGAACAUUGGUGCGAUACAGGUCCUUCCCAAACUGUCAUCUUCCAUCAUCCAUGAGAUUGAUAGCAUUUUGGGCAAUAAACCCUACAGCAAAAAGGAUUACCGAUCCUAAUCCUCCCUUCCUCCUUCCCUUCCCAACCGGGAUCUGCCUGGACAGUUACCGUUUCCCUCCUAGUCUCCUGUCCGCUUGCUUAAGCUGUUAUCAAAGCAAGGUGAAGCCUGUGCUUUUGCAUCCAAGAAUCCAUGUCGAGAUGUCCUAGGGAAGAUCUUUGAGACGUUGCUGUGAGACAACAUACGCUGCUUUACUACAAUAAAAUUUAUUUCGUGCUCAAGAAACAGUCCGGGUGAGGAAGGCUCCUCCAACGUGUUCUCCACCCUUCACAGGCCGUCUCUGCUCAGCUCAUCCUCUUGGAAAAAGACAACCAAGGUUUCCCCUCCCUCCUCCUCUGCCUCAUCAAAGGGGGCUCCCUGAACCAAGUCCUAGCCUAGAACUGGUUUGUGUUGUCUGAUCAGAGAUGUGGUGAGUUCUACCUGGAAAAGCCCCCAUCCAUGUAUGUCUGCAAGUACUCUGUUGUUUUUCUGUUUGAGCACACACACACACACACACACACACACACACACACAAAAUGUAUUUAUGAAGCGUAGUUUCUCAUGAUAGCUGGAAUUUCUGUGUUGACCAGGUGAGCAAUAAGAGGACUUCCAGAAUAUCCCCUCCCUUUACAUCAGGCCUCUCUCAGAGAUAGCUGUCACUUCUUUUGUAUGUCUCUCAACAGAACACUGACCCAGCUUUGUAGAGUUUGCUCAAACAAUGUUUUCCUCCCACCCCAACCCCACCACUGCCCCACACUCUUACUUAUCUGGGAAGGCCCACCCAACAGGCUUCCAGCUUGAUUUGAGAUUCUAGGAGGAUACGGAGAUCUCCUCUCACCUGACCCCAGGGUUCAGUUUCAAAGCACAUCUCUACUCUCCCCCACCUCCUUUGACCUGGGCCCAGUUAAAGUCAGCAGAGUGGAUCCAGACUCAUCCGAGAACAUGAGAAUUGUGCUUAAGAAACCCUCUUAGAAAUGACCCUCUUUUAGGAAGGAGACCUUGAUUUGCUUCUCAUACCUCAUAUCCUAGGGAGGGAGGGUUUCGAAAAGAAGUCCAUGAGCCACAUCUCCAAAAUAGUAGGAGAGGAUGGUCACCUCUGAAGUGUCCUUCACCAAAACAGAUACAACUCCCUCCAUCCCCUUACUACCUCCUCCUCCUUCGUGAGACUGAAUGACAACUUGGCAUAAUUGGAUAGUGCCCCAAGCUAGAAAGACCACAGCUUAGAGAUCAAAAGCACCUUUGAGGUCCUCUAGCCCCACUGAGGCCCAGUGAGGUCAAGUGACACAAGGAGGCAGAUUAACCUCAGUGGCUGUUCCCCGUUCAGGACUCCUUCCCCUUCCCCAUGCUCUCUUUAUCCACACAGAUCUGAUCCUCUUCACUCUAUUGGCAGAUGAGUUCCUGGAAAAGGCAGCCCCUUCUUUCGCAUAUCCCUCCCCAGUCUCCAUGGCCCAGUAAGCUCUCACCCAAGUCCUGCCCCACUUCUUCAGAUAGGUUCCACAGACCCUGGGGGUACCUGGCACUUUAUGUCCCCUCCAUGGCCUGGCCUGGAGCUGGCUGGCUAGAAAUCCAGGCAGGUAGCAACCCAGCUCACUCUCAGAAGUAUAAGCCUUGGGGUUCAGGGAUAUGACUCCAUGCUACCUUGGAGACUUUAGCCAGACAGUGAGUUCUGCCCCAGACAACCCCACACUAAAAACAAAACAACACACACACACACACACACACACACACACACACACAGAGCAGUGAAAAUCCAAAUCUCACAGGAAAUAAGGCAGGCCUGGGCCACCUGGGAAACACUCACAGGGGCUGAUUUUGUCCACAACCCAGUCCUCAGACAGGAGCUGUAGCCCCACUAUGGCAUGAGAUUCUGACAAAGAAUGUAGGGCAGUGGGAAAUCCCAUUCCCCCUUCAGCCAUAUCUUCCCUCCCCCAGCCCGCAAUGCCAGUGGCCAUUUGGGUGUUGUCCGUGCUUCCCAUUUUAUGUUUCUGAGAAGCUGGUAUUCCCAGAAAUUCUCCUCUCUGACCUCCUAAAAGGUCAGAAGGAGCUGGACAGAGGUAAUAAUAUUGCGCGUGGUAACUGGUGUGAACCAAGCCACAUGGGUUUGUUAAAACCCAGACAUUCCACUAGCAAAUGGUUUGGAUUUGCCCAGAAACAGGAGAGAGGCUGGCCCUCAGUCCUUCCCUUCACAGACUGCUCCAGCCUCUCCGGAGGACUUUAUCCCAACUCACCAGCAGGCAGUAGGAACAAGCAGUGAACCCUUCCUUCCCAGAGAUGGGGCAGGGGGAGAAGAGGAAAAAAAGAAUUUCUGAAUAAGCACCAUCAACAUCAUUGGGAGCUCCUCGGCCGCUGUGGGCUGUUGUAAAUCAGAGCCGGGCUCGUUAAGUGCUAACCGUAAGUCAGGUGCUGUAUUAAGCACUGGGAUUAUGAGAAAAGGAAAAAAACCCAGGCUAGAAACCAUCCCUGAAGCUAAUUGGCACACUUAGUUACUGAGGUGCUCACCUCCUUGUUCAUGCCCACCCACCCACCUAAGAGAAGUCCCUGCCUGGCCCUACCCAUCAGUCACCCAGUGAUUACAGUAGUCCUUAAGAAAGGGACAGAGGGGCAGUGCUGAAUCGUGAGUGGUAAGACAGCCUACCUACCGUUACAGCUCCAAGAGAGAGUGACCUCUCUGAAACAUUGCUCCUAACUCUGCCCCAAGGGGCCAAGCAGAAUGAGGGCGAUGAUCCAGGGUACACAGUGAGCCCAGAUUAGCUCUGUGCCCUUCAGUGAACCAGUCAAUCAACUAGCAUUUAUUGGGUACCUCCUGUGUGCCAGGCACAUAGUGUUAAGUACUAGAGAUACUGAAGCAAAGAAGGAAAUGCCUUGGGGCACAGACAUUUUGAGUCAGCCUAAACGCAAAGCUCUGUUCUCUGGACUUGCUGCAGGGACUGGGAGCCUUGCACCAUCCUGGGUGCCGGGGGCAGGCGAUCAGAGCUGCAAAGGAUGGACUCAGCAUGAGUUAAAUGCCUUUGAAAGGGCCUGGAUUCUAGCAUUACAACCCAUGAUGCCUUUAUGUGGUGCCACAAGCCCCCCAGAGUGUUCCACAUGCUUCAGGGUAGGUAGGGACUGAUGGCCCUGAUCAAGGGAGCCCAUAUUUCCUACUCUGUAAAACUGAGCACAAGUAUGCCCCUUCCAACACUGACUCAAUGAUUCAGUGACUUGGCUUUUGAGGAACGAGCACCACCCAAUGUGGCCCCAUGACAGGGUCUCCAGGCCAAGGGAGGCUAGCCUCCUCCAUGGGCAGAAGGAGGAUAGAGGAAGACCCAGGCCUUUCAUUGUUCCCAGGAAGAAGUCAUCUCUACUUCCUUGUACUGACCAGCCUGAAUCCAUAGAAUCUCAGGGUUGGAAGCGACCUCAGCAGCCGUCUAGUCCAACCCAGACCUGAACACUAGUCCUCUCUAUAAUAUACCCAAUGAGUGGUCAUCAAAAACCUCUGGUGAUGGGGAGCCCACUACCUCCCAAGAUUUUCUUUUCAUUGAGCCUAAAUCUGUCUCCUGGUUCUGCAUUCUGGGGCCAAGCAGAACAAAGCUAAUCUCUCUCCCAUGAGAUGGCCCCUUUCAAUAGUAUUUGUUGCCAGAAGGGAGAGCUUCCCACUCAGCCAGCCAAAUAGGCAUGCCUUGGCCAAAGCUUGACACCAUCAUAGGAACUUCAGCCAGGAAGGACCCCCCAACUUGGCCUCUGGUUGGCAAUAGACUCAAUGGAAUGAUGAAAGAAUAUGGAAGUCCCAAGGAAAUCUUUGGUAAUGGCUCCAAAACAUAAGUACUGACGAAAAGCCCAAUGGGGGUCCAGUGUUCAUUGGCUAUGUCCACCAUUAGGAUCAGAAUCAUAGGAUUUGAGAGUUGGUAGGGAUGUGAAUGGCCAGGUUAUAUCUGAAAAGAGACAUGGGAUUUAGAGCAGGGAAGGACCUUGGAGACCAACUAGGCCAUGGGUUCUUCACCUUUCUUUAAUGUCAUGGAUCCCUUGGGAAGUCUGUUAAAGCUUAUAGACUGUUUUCCAAUGCAUAAAAUAAAAUACAUAGGAUUACAAAAGAAGUCAGUUAUUCUGAAAUAUGGUGAUCAGGGUUUUUUUUUUAGUUCAUGGACCUCAGGUUAAGAAUCCCUGAUCAAAGCUAACUAGCUUGAUUCAUUGGGUUCAACAAAACUCCUUUUACAGAACUGAGGCCCAGAGGGUUGAAGUGAUCUAGGUGACGUCACAUAGCUAGUAAGCAUCAGAUCCAGGAUUAGAAGCCAGGUCCUCUAGCUAGCUUCCUGGCCAUUUUACCUGAAUGGCACAUGAGCAAGAACAUUAUGCACCUCAAAGUGGGAAGGAGGGUGCCCCCUGCUCGUGCCAGGGGUAAUAGCCCCCCUCUGCCCCUUAGCCCAUCUGUCAACUGGAGCCAGUUGGUCUGUGAUUUGAAAAGCUCAGGUGCUCAGCCAUGUGUACAGGAGCUGAGGCUUGGGGAGUGCAUCCUCAGAAGGUUUUAAAAGCAGGCUAGCUUAGGCCCAGGGAGGAAGCAAGUGUCAAGAAAACACAAAAGGAGCAGGAGGUGAGAAUCCUGAGGAGGAGUGGGGGGGAGGGAUGCCAGGACAGAACAGGGUAUGCAGCCAGGAAAAAAUAGUUCAUAGCUCUGGGGUCUAGUUAUGUCUGGAUUGGGGGUCUAAUUUCUGGGGGAUACAGUAUUGAAUAUGGACUAAAUAUUUAUAAAUAAAUCUAAAUAUUUCCUAAAUAUCUCCACUCAUAAAGCCAACAGAAGUGGUCAGUCAUAAAGAACAUGUCUCCUGCAGUGUUUCUUACUUUUGGGGCACAGAUUAGGGGAGGGGGAUGGCUCCUUCCAACUUUAACAUGGCAAUUCUGGGCCUAGAGGUGAAUGUAUACAGUACAUACAGGGAGCUACACUGGCCUUGGCUUCCCCACUUCCCCUUAAAAAUGGCCAAAGGGCCGACGGAUGAAGCUUUAGGGGAAGGCAAGCCUUGGGAAGGGGGGACUGGAAUGCAAUCCUGGCCUCCAUUGGUUAAUUCCCUGGCCAUUCCUUCAGUUCAGCUAACAUACAGGAUGUGCCCCCUCUGAACACUCCAUCGGGUGGUGAAAGAGAAGGGAAGAGCUCUGCCCCCAGAAAGUCUCAAGGGAGGUGGGCUUGGGAGGGAGAAUCCUCUGCCAGGCUCCCUGCCCCCAGUCCUCCUGGCUCCAGCCUCUGGCUCUUUCUCCUUUCCCUAACUCUGGAUGUGCAUUAUUAAUGGAACCCAGAGUUCAAGUGGAGAAAACUAUUCAGUGUCUGAACCUAAACAAAUCCUCUUUCCAGAAAGCCAUCCAAAAGGGAUUUUUAACCUUUUUGGUGUUUGUCUUGGACCCUAUGUUUGAUGGUCUGAUGAAGCCUUUGGACCCCUUCUCAGAAUCAUCUUUUUAAAUGAAAAAAUAAAAUGGGUAAGAUUACAAGGGAAAUCAAUUAUAUUGAAAUAAAGAUGUAAUUUUUUCCCAUCAAAAUUCAUGGAGCCCUUGAAAUCUGAGAAGUCUAUGGAUCUCCAAUAAAGAACCUCAGAGUUAGGAUCCAAAGUAAAAGCCCAGGAGGCAGAUGAGUCUAGAGCUGGGCUAAGCCACAGGUGGAAUGGGUGGGCAGGGCUAGGGGGACAGAGCUGGCUCGAGGCUCACCUUCCCAUCUUCCAGUGUUCUCAUGGACUCCCACUCAGCAUCACUUACAAUGGCAACUCCUUUCAAAACCUUGGUCUCCCAAGCAACAAGAGGGGCGCAUUCCCAUCUUUUGUUCAAUUCGUGUCAUGUAAAUAAUGUGCUUUUAUUUUUCUUUGGUUUCGGUUUUUAUAUCUAAUAUAUGUUAUAUAUGUAUAUAUGUAAGCAUAUAUAUACAUAUAUACACAUCAGUAUAAACUGGUUUCUAAGCUAACUGCAUAACCUACCUAGGCACAAACUUCCAUAUAACAUCACACUUCUAAGUGAAGAUUCGGACUGAGAUACAGCCAUUGUAUUUAUGGAAUGACAAAAUAAAAUAUUAAGCCUUA